AUGUUUGUUGGAGCAGUGCUACUGCUGUCUACCACUGUACAGCUUGCCACUUCACGGUACUGCCAUUCGGUGUAUUGGGAAACGCGUUCAACUUUUAUACAAAGGGUCUUCAAGUGUGAUAACGAUGAUGAUUACUGCGCAUCUAUGGUACUAUGCUUUUUCACCGUACGCUAUGAAAUGCGACUGAGUCUGCUUCGUGAGUACGACGCGCUUGGUCCUUAA